AAUUAUCGCCCACGUAAUAUUUUUCAGAAUGUAUGACACACCAAUCAGCUUACAGGAUUCAUGCGUGGAAUAUAUUUGUGACAAUAUUGAAUCAGUAUGUGACGUCCAAGCAAGUCCUGUGGAAUCUAACACUAAACUCACAUUCAAAGAUCCGGAUGUAUACUUUCAUCACAACAUUUCAGACCAACUUUUAAAACUGCUAAGUGAGAAAGGCAAAUUGACUGAUGAAUUAUUAUCCCUUUUUGACCCACAUAUUGUAAGACUUCGACAUGUUUGCAUACGCCAUGGGAAGUUAUCCUCCAAGGGACUACGGAUUUUAAAAUCACAUAAAAUACUCGAACUUGAGGCAACAGGAUUAAAAGAUAUCACAGUGAAUGAUUUGAUUGGAUGCCUGGGUGAAUGGACGCUUUCAAAUUUGCGGAAUCUAAAUGUUGCAAAUAGCACAUUUGUCACAAAUCCCAAGUUCUGCGUAAUUGUCUCGUUGUCGAAAUUGAAAAGCCUCGUGAGUCUCAAUGUCAGUUCUACAGAAUUCAAUACUCAUGGAUUGGAAAUCAUCACUGAGGAUUUACCCAAUUUGGAAGUUUUAGAUAUAUCAUCUACACAAGUUGACGAUAUUGCACCUUUGAGAAAAUGUAAAAAGAGAUUAAAAUCUCUCUCGAUAUAUAAUUUAAGAGCGACAAACAAUAAAGAUGUUGGCUCAGUUCUGAGUGAACUAUCUGAACUGCGAUUUCUAGAUCUUUCGGAUGACUAUUCAGUUCAGUUUGUCAGCCUUCAGCCUGUGCCAAUACCAGUUGAGGAACUGCUACAGAAUGCUGAUUGCUUUCCUAAUAUGGUAUCUAUUGAUCUUUCUGGUAAAGAUCGAGUAACCGAGGAAACAUUAAGGGAGUUUCUAGAUACCCAUCCUAAGAUCAAGUUUGUUGGCCUUGCCCUGACUGAUGUGUGCAAUAUACCAGAGUUUACAGAGCCAGAAUCUGAGGGAUACAGGAAGGAUCUCACAAUAACUGGAGAGGCUGAUCAGAAACAAAUUUUGGAGUCAUUACGACAUUACUACAAACGAGCAGUCUAUGUCCAACGAACUCUUUAUAACUUAUUCCGAUUGACGCAUACAUUUAGAGAGCCGAAGGUAGACAUACUAGAGCUGAUUCUCCCAGCUAUGAAGCAUAAUCCGAGAGAACUAGGUGUCCAGAUGGCAGCAACAGCUUGUCUUUACAACCUUUCUAAAGGUCUUUUGGGGGCAAAGAUUCACCCUAAAUGGCUAGCCAAGAUCAUACAUCUAACCCUGGAUGCUAUGGACAAUUUCCCAAAUCACCAACAGCUACAAAAGAAUGCAUUACUUACACUGUGUAGUGACAGAAUCCUUCAAGAUGUUACGACGUUUGACAAGUAUCGCUGUGCCCGCCUGGUGAUGGACAGUCUCUGUAAUUUCAAUGAGCCUUCUAUGAACAGAAUGUCUGUUGCCAUAUGUUCCAUACUAGCAGCAAAAAUAUCCACUGGCCAGACCUCUCAACUUGGCACUAUGAAGACAUACAUGAAAAAGCUACUGACUUUAGUAAAGCAGAAGACUGAUGACAAACUGGUUGAUAUCACAAUGAAAUUUACGCUCAGCGCUUUAUGGAAUCUUACAGAUGAAUCCCCAGAGACUUGUGAAAUGUUUCUACAGGAGGAAGGCUUGGAGUUAUUCAUUGCCACUUUACAGGCCUUCAAAGAAGAAGAAGGGAGGAAAGAGGUGGAGACUAAGAUACUAGGACUUAUGAAUAAUAUCGCUGAAGUGAAGCAUCUCAGACACAGGUUGAUGCAGGAAGACCUCCUUAACAUCAUAAAAGAGCUGCUACAAUCGAAACACAUAGACAUCAGUUACUUUGCAGCAGGGAUCGUGUCGCAUUUAGCAUAUGACAUCCACCUAUUCAGCAAGGAGGAUGAAACUGUGAAUGAAAUGGUGAAAUUACUGGGGGAAGUUGUACUAACAUGGGAACAGCCGAAGACAGAAAUGGUGGCAUACAGGUCAUUUAACCCAUUCUACCCCCUGCUACAGUGCCACAGCUGUCCCCCUGUACAGAUGUGGGCAGCAUGGGCCAUUCUACACGUAUGCACUAAUAACCGUCAGCGCUACUGCCCCAUGUUGACGCAAGGGCAAGGUAGAGAAAUCCUCUUCAGUUUGUUUAACAAUCCAGAAACUCAUCCAGAUGUAUUCAAAAUCAUUUUGAAGAUUCUUGAACUUCUCUUCCCCAAUGAAUCACCCUUUACAAGUGCAAAGGAUAUAUCAUUAGAUCAAACCUCAUGAAUAUGCAUGAAGAAGGGAUUCAACCAAUCAGGAUGAAGAACUUGACAAAAGUAACACUAUUUUGUCACCAUGAGAACAGUUGUGUUUGUAUGCUUGAGUGGAGAAAUACAACAUAUACAGAGGACGUUGUUCCCUUUCCUUAGUGAGGUGAUAUGAAUUUCCAAUGAUUACAUCUGUUCAUAGAUUGGAGACUGCAAUUAAGAAAUAUAGACCGAAGAGCAGGGGAAAUAUUGUUGAAUACACACCGCAGG